AUGGCUGACAACAUCCCGGCGACUCUCCGUGAGCGCCUGCGCACCAAGGCCUUUCACGCCUCGGAUGCUCGCGAUGCAAUCCGGGGCGUCGCCGUCCCCGAAGCCCUCGGCCGCCGGGCCAUGCGCCUCUGCGUUAUCCGUGGCAUCCGCUACCAUGAGGCCUUUGGCCGUGGCCCCGAGGCGCAGGCGCUGCGAGCAUGGCCCGAAUUUGCCCGCGCUCUCAAUGCACGCGCCAUCAUGAGUAACAACGUCCCAGAUAUGUCCGUGGCUAGUGACGACUUGCCCUACUGCAUCUGGCACCCCGACACGGCUGCCGAGGACACCUAUCGCCAGCUCGUGCGUCGCUACCCGCACAUGGCUUACCAUGUUGCCCGCGCCUGCGCCGUUGCCGGAUACAUUGAUCUCUUCCGGGAACUGGAGGAAGGGGGCAGUAUUCUGCCAGACGUGGCCAUUGCGGAAGAGGCCAGGGCCUGUGGCAGCCAUGACAUCUACAAGGCCAUCAUGAGUCAACCCGUCAGGUACCGUGUCAUGGACGACUACACAAGAUCGAUUGUGGCGGAUCCGCAGCCGUCUGGCCUCAACGGAGACACUGCUGUCCGGCCCAUACUCGACGUCAAGCAGCGGUUCAAGACACCCAGUGGCCCUGAGGACUGUGUGCUCCCUAACGACAAAGACCACAGUGGCGAUGGUGAUGAUAAUGAAGACUCCGACGACGAUUUCUUCGCCAUGCUCCCCGACGAUGGCUUUGAGGAAGCCAUCUUCAACAUCACCGAGGAUAUGAACAUUGACGAGUUUGCCACGCCGGAACCCGACGGCUACGCGAACCUAGCCAUGGCCGAGUUCCUCGCCAAGCCGUUGCCGCCGGACCUGCCUGCGGGCGACAAGGACAUCCUGAUCGUCGCGGCGGCCUACAGCGGCAACGUAGACCGGUACGCCCGACUUCGACGGCCCCGCAUGGUCGACAACGAGGCCGGCUGCGUCGUCCGCGGCAUCUACCACUGCCCGUUCUUCGCGACCUGGUGGGCAACCCAGGAGCUCCCCCCAAGACCGUUGCGCCACGCACGCUGGAUCGCCCAAGCCAUCCACGCGCGGAUGAUCAUGAGCAACGACCUCAGCCGGCUGACGCCCGACGUGCCCCGGACCCAUCUCCCCUACCUCAUCUGGUACCCCGCCGUCGCGGCGUCCAGCACCUACAGCGAGGUCGCGCGGCGGUGUCCGGCCAUGCGGCCCGCCGUCCUGCGCGCCGCCAUCUACUCCCGAGACCGUGCGCUGUUCGACUCGCUGCUGGACUCUGUGGAGCCAGACCCCUUUCUCCUGCGCGAGGCGCAGGCGCACGACGAGGACUACGACGCAGACGGAGCGCAGCGGCAGCAGCCGUCGUACUUUACCCGGCGCCUGGUGGCCCGGGCGGAGCAGCUGGGGCUGGCGGAAGCCAUACGCAACGCGCAGGACGACCGAUGGGGCGUGGACUUUUGGAAGCGUUUCACCGUGCGCAGCGGCGCGCGCAUGGGCAUGCCUCCAAGCCGCAGCUGGCUCUUUGACGGGCCGGGCAUCAUCGGCGCGGCGCAGGACCCGGGCAUCUACAAUGAGGCGUGGGCGGACGCUUCUGAGGCCGAGCUCUUCGCCUCGGUGCCCGAGACGUGGCGACCCAAGAAAGGGGGCGUGCAAAUCGACUACGAGGAGUGGCCGCAGUGA